AUGAAAAAAAUUGAUUUGUUCAAAGUUAGGAGUAUGUGGGGUAAUCCCUGUUUUGAUUUUGCGUGUAGUUGUGCUCGGGGUCUCUCAGGGGGUAUUCUCUCUGUGUGGGACCCUAAUGUGUUUGUGAAAAGCAAUGUUCACUGUACGGAUAAUGUGGUUAUAGUUGGAGGAUUUUGGGUCCAUUUUAGUUUUCCUUGUUACAUGGUUAAUAUUUAUGCUCCUCAAGGAGUCCGAGAGAAAUUUGAUGUGUGGCGAUAUCUUUCGGAUUUUAAAAGGAGGAAUGGGGGGAAUCAUGUGUUUUUUGGAGACUUUAAUGUUGUUAGGGAGGUGACUGAAAGAACGGAUGUGCCUAUGAUUGGGAAGCGGUUCACUAGAAUCGAUGCUAUUGGCUCCAAGUUAAGUAAGUUGGAUAGGUUUUUGGUGGAUGAAGUUUUUUAUGGUAGAUUUGACCACCUUCAAGUGUCGGUUCUUGAUAGAAGAUGGUCUGAUCACUACCCUAUUUUCUUGCAUGUAUCUUUAGUGGAUUAUGGUCCUUCAUUGUUUAAAUUCUUCAAUUCUUGGUUAGAGCUUGAUGGGUUUAACGAUAUGGAGGAAUCUAGAGCUUCUAGUAAUCGUAUGGUAUCUAGAUUGGUUGAUAUUGAUAAUAUCUUUGAUGAUGGUGGUUCGUGUGAUGAUUUGGCUCAAGAGAGAAGGGCUAUUCUCGGUGAUUCGACUUCCUUGGAAAAGUCUCGGUCUCUUGAUUCAGGCCAAAAAGCUCGAUUUAAAUGGGCUAUCGAGGGGGACGAGAACUCAGCUUUUUUUCAUGCCAUGUUGAACCAACGAAGACGUUAG